AUAUGAAAAACGAAAGUGUUUGAAUUAAAAAAAAAAGGAAUAUUAAUAAUAUCUGUGGUAAGAAGUCAAAUAAAGAAUUUGUUUACAUUUUUGUUACUUGAUUUACGAAAAAGUCUUUUAAAAAUGAGCCAAGCAUCUGCCCAAAGAAUAAGUUUUCGUAUUGCCACGGAGUCUUUGCUCCUCGCGGAAGAGAAGUGGAUACUGGAAGCGUUAAAGAAAAUCAAAACACAGAGGAAUUGUUUGCAGAUUGAACGACUACAACUGGAAAGCAUGAAAGCAAAGAUGAGAUCAACUGAAAGGGAAUCAUGUGAUGGAGAAAGCAUUUUACCCACCUCAAUAGGAGAAACAGUGCCCGUAUCCCAAUUACCCAGUAGCUCGACUACCCAAGAUCCAGUACCAACCACUUCUACAGCAAACUUGAUGAAGAAUCAAGGAAAGAUCACCAGCUCGCAGAUUAUAGAGUUUGAGACUAAUUUGUGGGAAGUUGAAGCAUUUUGUAAUGAAGAGGCUUUGAACUUGGAUGUCACUAAUCCAGUCUUCACUAACCCAACCAGAGAAUACAAUAUGGAAGAGAAUGAUGAAGAAGAAGAAGAAUUGGACGACGUUAACAUCGAUAUGGAUAUGCUCAUGAAUGGUGCCAGCACAGAUGAUUAGGAAUAGCUGGUACGAAUGCCAAAUGAAUGAAGCAUUGGUGGUUGAACAGUUAAGGCGGACGUCUACAAUGCGCAAGUAAUGCGAGUGGGGGCACAAUGUCAUUGACGCAUGAGUUAUGUACAUUAGGUCAGAUGGAAGUCGCAUAGUGUAAAAACCUGACUCACCCAAAUCCAGGGCUCCUCGCCAGAGUGGUGGGAUGUAGCCGGGACAAACGUCAGGAGAAAGGAAGUACGAAUGCCGUAUGACUUUGCCACAAAACUGUCAACACAUUGCCAUUGACCAACCCAACUGCAAGCCAAUGACUUGAUGGAUGUUCUGAAAUUAAAGACGCUAUAUGCUAAAUUGAUGUUUCAUCAUCAAUAUGAUGACGCUGUAUCAUGGUAACUGAAAUUGUCAUAGCUAAUUAUGCAAGGAAUUUGUAGGAACAUGUUAUUUUUCAUUU